ACUGUUUGCUCAUUUUGAUAAGCACCAUACUUGCCCUGCUUGACAGACGCCGGUGUUAGUUGGCAACAUGGCGGCACUGAGCGCAGCGGCUUCGCGGCUCCUGGCACGGAGGUUGUUGUCCGGCACAGGCAGUAAGAAAUAUGCAGCAGCGUCACCUGCAGUAUCUAGGACUUUCCACUUCACUGUGUAUGGAAAGAAGUCUGCAUCUGCCAAAGUGUCUGAUUCGAUUUCUACACAAUACCCUGUAGUGGACCAUGAGUUUGAUGCAGUUGUGGUGGGAGCUGGUGGUGCAGGAUUAAGAGCAGCAUUUGGUUUAUCUGAAGCAGGCUUCAAUACAGCAUGUAUUACAAAGCUAUUUCCUACAAGAUCUCACACAGUGGCAGCGCAGGGUGGUAUAAAUGCAGCUUUGGGUAACAUGGAAGAUGAUGACUGGAGGUGGCACUUCUAUGAUACAGUGAAAGGAUCUGAUUGGUUGGGUGAUCAAGAUGCCAUCCAUUAUAUGACAGAACAAGCACCUGCUUCAGUUGUUGAGCUUGAACAUUACGGAAUGCCUUUCAGCAGAACAGAACAAGGGAAGAUCUACCAGCGUGCUUUUGGAGGGCAAAGCCUGAAGUAUGGUAAAGGAGGACAGGCUCAUCGCUGCUGCUGUGUAGCAGACAGGACUGGACAUUCAUUGCUACACACUUUGUAUGGAAGGUCUCUCAGAUACAACACUAGUUAUUUUGUAGAAUAUUUUGCCUUGGACCUUUUAAUGGAAAAUGGAGAAUGCCGUGGUGUUAUUGCAUUGUGUAUGGAAGAUGGAUCCAUACACCGCUUUAAGGCUAAGAACACAGUCAUAGCUACAGGGGGAUACGGCAGAGCUUAUUUUAGUUGCACUUCAGCACACACAUGCACAGGUGAUGGCAAUGCCAUGGUGACGCGCGCCGGGUUACCCUGCCAAGACUUGGAGUUUAUACAGUUUCAUCCGACAGGUAUAUAUGGAGCUGGUUGCUUGAUUACUGAAGGAUGUCGUGGUGAGGGAGGUAUUCUUAUCAAUAGUGAAGGUGAAAGAUUCAUGGAAAGAUAUGCACCUGUAGCUAAGGACCUCGCCUCUCGUGAUAUUGUAUGCCGAUCUAUGACCAUUGAGAUUCGUGAAGGAAGAGGAUGUGGACCAGGUAAAGACCACGUUUACCUUCAGCUACAUCAUCUACCACCUCAGCAGUUGGCUACACGUCUGCCAGGCAUCUCCGAGACAGCAAUGAUCUUUGCAGGGGUUGAUGUCACAAAGGAGCCCAUACCUAUCCUACCCACUGUCCAUUAUAACAUGGGAGGCAUACCUACUAACUACAAAGGACAAGUGAUUAUCCAUGAAAAUGGUGAAGACCAAGUGGUUCCCGGCCUUUAUGCAUGUGGUGAGGCAGCCUCAGCCUCUGUACAUGGUGCCAACCGACUUGGUGCAAAUUCCCUCCUAGAUUUGGUUGUGUUUGGUCGUGCCUGUGCCCUUACCAUAGCAGAGACCUGCAAGCCUGGAGAGGCAUUGGCUCCUAUUAAAUCUAAUGCUGGAGAGGAGUCUGUAGAAAAUCUGGACAAAUUACGGUUUGCCAAUGGGAGCACAAGAACAUCAGAGCUGAGAAUCAACAUGCAGAAGACAAUGCAGAGUGAUGCAGCUGUAUUCCGAACUGGCUCUGUACUACAGGAAGGGUGUAAAAAGUUAAGUGAAAUCCAUGCUUGCAUGGAUGACAUCAAAACUUUUGACAGAGGAAUCGUGUGGAACACUGAUUUGGCGGAGGCGCUUGAGUUACAGAACUUAAUGCUUAAUGCACUUCAGACUAUAUAUGGAGCUGAAGCUCGCAAAGAAAGUCGUGGGGCUCAUGCAAGAGAGGACUAUAAGGUCAGAAUUGAUGAAUAUGAUUUCUCUAAGCUACUGCAAGGACAGCAGAAGAAACCCAUAGAAGAACACUGGAGAAAACACACACUCUCAUUUGUUGAUAAGAAGGGCAAGGUUACUUUUAAGUACAGACCUGUUAUUGACUCAACCCUGGAUGAACAAAACUGUGCAUCAGUCCCUCCUGCCAUCCGUUCCUACUAAAUUGCACCUCUGUCUUUGAUGAACGGAUACACAUAGAAUAGCUUGUGCACUUUACUCUGCUGUUUCCCAGCUUGCACAAUACAUGCUUAUGCCCGACCACACGUUGAUUUGAUUUCUAACUUAAUUCAAUAUGUCCUACACACUGCUUGCUUUUCUAUUAAUUUAAUGUUUAUUUUAACAAAUUUAUGUAAAUUUUAAGGUUGUACUCUCCCGCCUCGAUUCCCCUGCUGCUCCGAUGGCUUCUGGUCCCUGCCACUUACCAUGGCCUUCCGGUUCCUGUGAUGCAUCAAUCCCCCAGGAUUAUUUUUUAGCACCCUGACUCUUUUAAAUGUAUUUCUGGAGCUGAUCAUCAUUGAUCAGGAGAAUGAAAGGGAUGUAGUGCUUUACUUCUAAGUAUCUCUAGUGCGGUGGAAUGUCAUCUUGGUGAAUUCUGCUGCUCUUAAAUGCAUCAUUAUGAUUGGAUGCUCAAUAGAGUAUUUCUUCUAGACAGCGCAAUAAGGUAAAGCAAGAGGCUCUAUCUGGAUAAGUGGAGUGCUGACUAUGAUGGGGUUAAAGGGGUACUCCGGUGCUUAGAAAUCUU